UACCAAUGAGCGCAUGCGCCAGAGAAAAUAUCGUUGAUGAUUCUGAUCAACAUUUCUUUGUACCUAACGCCACCUAAGUGAAACCUUGUAAAGUUUUUUUUGUUGUUUUUCGUUUUUUAAUUUGAUUUUUGUGAUCCUGCAGGACUACCGCCGCACAAGUGGCUUCACAAGCUGGUCACCAGAACAACUAGUUGACCGAAAAAGAAAAGCAUCAUUUUUAUACAAAAGACUGAGCGGGGCAUAUGCUCGUCCUGACACCGUCCCACUCACCACAUUGCUUCAGCCCAGUCGUGGUCGUACGUACGUACAUACGUACCAUCAUCAAAAUCAGGUCUGGCAAAAAUGUACGAUCGGGCUGAAAAAUUAGACAACGUGUAAACAUGACCCGACCGUGAAUCGAAGAAUGGAAAAUGAAAGAAACAAAAAUGAAUCAAAGGUAUUGAAUUAAAAGCUGGUUUUCUGAUUAAGGAAAACGUCUAUGUGUUGUAUUUCAUCGAAUACAAUAGCCCCCGUAAUUCCUCGUGUAGUGAAAAAAAAAAACGGAGCAGACACUCGGUUUUAUUUCAUCGAACACCUUGACUGGGUGAAGAAUCUGGAGUAAUCAAUAACUGCGGGUUAUCAAUCUACACGAGGAAAGAGAAAAAAGCAAAUUUUAUUCGACCAUGAAAUCCAGAUUCCAAGUGCUAAAGAAAUAUAAGCAUCUGAGACCACUGCGGUUGUGAAUUUUUCAAAACUGCACUACGGAACGUACGUUGUAUACACAGCUACCGAAGGUGACAAUCAUCCGCAAUCUGCAGUAGAGGCGCGAUCUGAUUUCAACGAUCAUUAUCAAGGGUAUAGGCACGAGGUAUAUAUGUGUUUAUCACACGCGCGUAUCCCAACUUUGUACCGAAAAAAUAAUCAACAGAUUUGAAAAAAUUUCUUCAUAAACUGUAAAAAAAGAAAGAAAAAACAUUAUAAAACGGUACGACUAUGCAACAGCGCAAAGGUAGUAUUUGGCAGUAUUUUGCCUUUGAUCCCGUAAAUGGUGCAGAAUCGAGUAUGCCUUCGUCAACGAAAAGAGGUGGGCCUCUGAUCGGAGUGAUAGACGUGGGUACCAGGACCGUCAGAUUUGUGGUAUUUAACGCUAAACACGUAGCGGAAGUCGCCUCGCAUCAAAUAGACAUCGAACAACUGAGUCCGCAGGAGGGAUGGGUCGAGCAGGACCCGAAAGAAAUUUUAUUUGCAGUCAAGGCCUGCGUCAAAGAAGUACUCAGGAGAUUUGAAACCCUUGGUCUAUUCAUCUCAGAUAUAGUCACCAUAGGUGUUACCAAUCAAAGAGAAACUACCGUAGCCUGGGACGGUACAACGGGAGAACCAUUAUACAACGCAAUAGUCUGGUCGGAUAUCAGAACCGAUUCAACGGUGGACCAGAUAAUAGCAAAGUUUCCGGACCAGAGUAAAAAUCAUCUUAAACCACUAUGCGGUUUACCAGUGAGCCCUUACUUUUCGGCGUUGAAAAUUAGAUGGAUGAAAGACAACGUUCCGACCGUUUGGAAGGCCGUGAGGGAAAGAAGGUGCAAAGUUGGGACAAUGGAUACGUGGGUGAUUUGGAAUUUAACUGGGGGAAAAGAUGGUGGUCUUUAUAUAACAGAUGUCACGAAUGCCUCAAGAACAAUGCUCAUGAACAUCGAAACCCUUACAUGGGAUCCGACGUUAUGUAGAUACUUCGAUAUUCCAAUGAAGCUUCUGCCUGAUAUAAAGAGCAGCUCAGAAAUCUAUGGGAAAGUCACCAUAGGACCAUUGAAGGGAAUAACGAUAUCUGGGGUAUUAGGCAAUCAGCAAUCGGCACUCGUAGGUCAAAACUGUCUACAACAGGGACAGGCUAAAAAUACAUACAGAAGCGGGUGCUUUUUGCUGUGUAAUACCGGAACUACGAGGGUCCAAUCUUCUCACGGACUGGUGACCACGGUCGCUUAUCAAUUCGGCCCAAAUAGUCUUCCUGUUUAUGCACUCGAAGGAUCAGUAGCGGUUGCUGGAGCAGCUAUAAAAUGGCUAAGAGAUAACGUGAAACUCAUCGAUGAUGUCAAGGAGAGCGAAGAUCUCGCUCAAAGCGUAUUUAGUACGGGAGACGUUUAUUUUGUUCCAGCAUUUUCUGGACUUUAUGCCCCUUACUGGAGAAAAGAUGCAAGAGGGAUAAUAUGUGGCCUUACGGCGUUCACCACUAAACAGCACAUAAUCAGGGCAGCUUUAGAAGCCGUUUGCUUCCAGACACGAGACAUUCUCGAAGCCAUGCAUAAAGACUGUGGUUUUCCAUUGACUAAGUUAAACACCGAUGGUAAAAUGACCACUAAUAAUCUGCUGAUGCAGUUGCAAGCUGAUCUCUGCGGCACUCCCGUCUUCAGAUCAACGAUGCCAGAUAUAACUGCACUUGGGGUUGCAAUGGCAGCAGGGCACGCUGAGGGUGUAAAUGUAUGGGAGUUAGAAGGGGAAGAAGUGGAAACUGUAGCCAGCGAUACGUUCCUGCCAACAACAACACCAGAGGAGAGAGACGCGAGGUAUACAAAGUGGAAAAUGGCGGUGCAGAGGAGCCUUGGUUGGUCGACGAUAAAGAUGUCCGAGCAGAUGACAGAUGAGCGGUACAAGAUGCUUGCGUCGAUUCCAGCGAGUUGGUACCUGAUGACUAGUUUUAUGCUUCUCCGGUUAAGUUAUUUCUUGGGAAAUCGGUGACACUGUGUUGAACGAGACCACAUUGUUGAGUCUACACUGAGCAAUGGCAGUACUUCAGAAAAAUGCCAAAAUUGGUGGCGGGCAGUCUAAUUGAAUUUUAAGAAAAUGCAGAGGAAUUUCACAUCAGGAUUAAAACACCAUGAGAAGAAGAGCAAACCAAUUCUGUCUCGGCACUACGAUCACAAAGUAGAGCAGGGAAUUAAAUUUGUUAAAAUGAAUGGUAGAAGAAAUAUAACAGGAGAAUAAAGAUCCUGAAUUCCUUGAGUCCUUAGGGUUUGGUAAGGUUCUGAAGCGAAAGUAACGACCCCCGUAAAGACAAGUCUGUAGGAUUAUUAGGUAGAUAAAUUAAAUUUCAAACUUUUAAGGAAGGUAUCGAUUUUGUUUUUCUAGUUGAGUGCUUCAUUUGGAGUCACGUGCAUCUCCAUAUUUAGAACAAAUUGUCAGGGAUAUAAAAUCUAGUUUGCAAUCGCAGGAUACGUACUGUCCGAGCUUUACGCCCAUAUUACUAGUCAAAUAAUUGUUACAUUAUCGCUAUCCAAUUACAUACUGCCGUAUCAAAUCAUAUGAGUUUGUAUUAUAAAGACUUUUUCAUGUAUAUAUUAAGUAUAAAAUAAAAAUAAUAGAUAUUCUAAGA